AUGAAUUAUAUUCACCAAACCAUCAUCGGCUUUUUAUUACUAUUGCAUAUUCAUCAUCUCAAUAGUGUCGUUGCUCCUGAUCGAACUAAUUACGAUGCCUAUGGUGUAAAAAUAGCUAUGAAUGAGAUUCUCCUCGUACAAGCUAACAAUGCUAGAGAUCCACCGAGUUUUUUUAUUCAAUUUGCCCCUUACAAUAACACACAAAAUUCAUCUCAAUGUUCUAUUAGCUAUCCGAAUAUCCAAGAAAAUUUUGUUUAUUGUGUUGCUGUUGGUAAAAACCCAAAUCAAAAUCAAACACAAUUCUUUUUUGCUGGCGAAUUGGUCAAUAGCAGCAACCCAGCAUUUAUUGGCGUAGCACAAUACAAUCUAACGAAUACUCUUUCGAAUUCGUCGAACUCUUGUGCUACGAGUUUUUCUUACUCGAUCCAAUAUGUAAACAAUUCUGAACAUCAAGAAUACUAUAUCAUUGGAGUUGAACCAAAAGGCCUGCUUGCCUAUGGAUUCUCUACUACAUUUGUCUUUAUAUUCGAUUCCCAGAAUGUUUCAAUUUUGGAAUCAUGGAAUAGCAGUUUAACAUGGCCGAAUAUUUCAUUUAUACCUCAUGCUGUUGAAAUCAGUGAUAACUUUGGUAUUAUUGCCGGCUUCAUUCAAAAUAAUCCAACGGAAAGAGUUAAAUAUAGUCCGAUUAUUUAUCUUCUAAAUUUCAAUUCAUCAAAUCGCCGUCCAUUUGUCGUUGAUCAACAUAUACCAUUAGCUACUCCAGGUACAUGGCAAGACUUACUUACCAAUGAGGAUGCAGAUAUCUAUUCAGCAAAAUAUAGCAUGUCAAUUAGUACUAAUAGCCGUGGUGAUGUUCUAGUUGGUAUGCAAUUCGUCAAUCGAGUUUUCUUACUUUCGGUAAAUAUUAGCAAUCCAAAACAAUUAUUUAAUGUCAGUAGACAUACAAACGGUCGAUCGUUGGGAAAUGGACGAAGCGUAGCUUGGCUAGAUGGUGGAAACGUGGCUGCAAUACUUGUUAAUACUUAUUCGUUGACAUAUCAGUGGCAAUCAUCUCAGCUUCAUUUCUAUGAUAUGGUAUCGAGUAUUUACAACUCUAACAGUACUCCACUAUCAGUUUUUCCUAAUUAUCAUCAAUUAUUGCCAACAAGUUUUCGUUCCAUAUUUUUAAAUGCCAUUUCAUCACCCAAAUCAUUAACUUUAAUGGAUGAUAUCGGUAAUUUGCUAAUAUUCAACCCCACAGCACCAGGUUUCUAUCCAUCAAUACCAGCAACAGGAUCAGUAUCAUUUAUGACAUCCCCAAAACCAUGUCUACCCGGUAUGUAUAAAGACCAAUAUGGUAUGAAUGAUUGUAUUCUUUGUCCAACUGGCACGAAAAAUCCUGGCAAUUCUACAAUUAAAUGCAUCUCAUGUGCGAAUGAAUCAUUUUGUUCUCUUGGCGCAGUGGAUGAAACAUCUCAUUCUGUAUUGGAAACCGUUACACAAAUAAUUGCCUACCCAGAAUCACCAGAAAGUACUAUAUUUGAAGAGAUCCUAAUUCACAAUAUGUUCCAAAUAGGAAAAGGGCAUUGUCUAGUCGUAUCACCUUUAUUUUGGACAUUGAUCGUAGCCGGUAUAGGUAUUUUCAUAUUGAUAAUAGUUGGAAUACUACAUUGUUGCACCGCAAACCGAACAAGUACUCAAGUAAGAAAAGGAAUAAAAUGGGUGUUUCGAAAAACAGAUCUAAUUCAUGAAGGUAAAUUAUGGGUGGGUGGUUUAGCUUCAUUUGCGCUAGUAGUUAUGGUUAGUUUUGCCUAUGCAUUUAGCGAUUCUUAUUACAAACAGUAUCCAAUUGAAACAUCAUCUGACUCCCAUUUUGCUUGCGACCCAUCAAUUCGUAAUGCUAAAUUCCAAGCAAAUCUUCAAUCAUUAGCUAUACCACCUUCAGAAACUGAAAAAGAAAUGUUUGAUUUGUUAAAUGAACAAAGUUUAAUGCUUAAUGUUGAUUUGAUCAAUACACUUAUUAAUUGUGAUAUCAUAUCACUUAGAGCUCUAUUUGGUAUUACUUGGUCGACCAUUCGUUGGUCAACUUGUGGCAAUGCUCAUUCAAUUCUAUCCUUAUCGAUUCCACUGCCUUUUCAACUCACAUCUGUAGAAAUUACUCUAGCUGGUAUUCAGACUAUUGGUGCUUUACGCAUUGGUCUAAGUGGCCACUCACAUGAAGAAGAGUUAUAUCAUUUAAAAGAGUUGCAUGCUUUUCAAGCUUUUUCAAAAAAGGGAUCUCUUCUAGCACGAGCAUUACCUGUAGCUUUAUCACUAACAAAAGUUAUUAAUGAAACAUUACCAAUGGAAGGUGAAGAGGGCAACUUUACUGGUAUCUACAUUCUUACAUUUGGAACUAAUACAGAUAGUUUAUUUGUUUCACAAGAUCAAUACAUUCGAUCAACAUCAACAGAAACAAUAUUAACGAUUGUGAUAAGUGAAACACCCUUCUAUGUCAAAAAUGUACAACAACCAAUAGCUAAACAAGCAGAGAUUAUAUUUCGUACUAUCCUAUUUACAAUUGUUUGUUUGGAACUAUUUGGUCUGGUUUUCAUACUGUACAAGUUAAUACUAGAACCAAUUUUUCAUUUAAUCCAUCGAGUAUGUAUUCAUCGGCGUGAGAAAUACAAAGCAAAUGGCCACGAAGAGAAUGGCGAUCUUAAAUAUACAAAUCAUAAGUCUAAUGCUGGAAAUAUUGCUGAUGAACCCAUGACAUAUGCGUUUUAG